CGGCUGGCAGCGAUAAAAGAUAAUCGCCAAUGUUGUCAGCGACAUUGAAUCAAUAAAACGUCAACACUGAGUCCUGUCCUUCCGCGGGCUGUUUCACCCUCUGGGCGUUGAUCUCUAAUCCCAUCGGAUACGGUAAUCGACAUAUUCCAGCAGUAAUGAAAGACAUAACGGCUUCACCGACAACGACAACGACAACAACAAGGAUUGCUUACAUACGCACCAUCAUCGACAAAGACAAAGAAAGAGAAUAUUAUGAAGGCUGUUGGGCCAAUCUCUGCUUGUUUUUAUGGUCAUGGGUCGGCCAGAAAGUUCACAACGAUCCUGCCGGAACUGGUACUCCACGACUUCGCAGCUCACCUCCACCUGGUCUCCGUCACCACUACAUCCUCGGUCAUUCCAACCCUUUUCACGCUUUUGUUCUGCAAUGGCUCCUAGAAAACUCCAAGCCCGAGAGUUGGAGGAUGUUUCGUGAUGACUUUGAAGUUUACCUUUCUGAGACGCAGAUGAAGGACCCAGCAAACAAAGAACUUCUUCAAAAGCUUGAACUGGAACGGGUGAAGGUCACGGUAGUCGACUCGUCCAUGCCGACAGAAUUUGAGACUGAAGACAUAUGUGACGGAGUGAUGCUCACGAAAAGCGAUUACGUUCUCGAGACAUAUAUGGAAAGAGGUUCGAGCUGUUGGAUAACGACAGACGUACUCUACCGCGACUCUCUUCGCCAUGGCCACCCCCAACGUUACAACACUGAAGAGCUCUCACAACGGUACUACGAUAACAGGCUCAAGAACAAGAUGGGCCAUACCAGGCGAUCAUGUUCAUACCCUCACGGCAAAUCCGACGCUUGGAAACGCGAUCAUGAAGAAGAUUGGAAGAACUAUAAGUGCCCGUCCUGUGGGCAGAGAUGUAAGCGUAAUAAAGGCUGUAAAGUGACGGGCGAGGAUUGGGCGAAGAGAAAAGACGUGAAAGCGUGGGACGAAGGAGUUGAUACGUCGGCACCAAGACCGCCUGAAUUUGAAAGGGACUGGAGAAUGCUGACGGCAGAGGACAUAUGCCACUAUUGGGGAACUGAUCCAAUAUCUUACGAGAGGUUUAGGAAUUGGAAGUGGAGAUCUGUUGACACGUUUACGGGCGAGUGAGAUCGUGCGUCUAACACGUUCAUAAUGCUUUCAUCUAUCAACAAACUACUACUCAUAACUCAUCACCUCAUUUUCUCAUCAUCUCAACUUUUACAGAUACAACCCUAGAUCUCGUGAAUACCGCACCCCAAGUGUCGAAUACCCAUCGCCUCAAGCUCGUCAAUCUGAGCCAGAUCAGGGCCAACACUUCGUUCCUGGAGACCCUGCAACGAAGCCUCACUGGUCUUGGUCUUGGGGAUCAGCUUUGUUCCUCUGUCGUCGAGGACGGCCAGAAUGUGUGCAGCAGCCUGUUCAUGUUAGAGUUGCUCAUAGUCAUGACCCGGG